GUGCAAACUUAGUCCGGAAACGUCUAGCGUCAGUUGUAGAGAAACUCUCGUUUAAGCCUGACGUUAACUGUGUUUUUUGUGAUUUUCUUCAAGUGUAUCGAAUGAUUUAAAAGUGUAUAUAAGUGUUCACUUUAAAUUGUGUUCAAAUAUAAGUGUGUGUAAUGUGCAAUGUUUGGUGUUACAAAGUGAAGUGCGCUUUUCGGAUUGUUUGUGUCACAGCGACUCUUAUUGGAUGAAUUGGAGUGAUGGUGUAAAGGCGCAUGGGCGGGGGCGGAGGCUGCGCGGUGCUGGAAGCAGCUGCGCGCGGCGACGCAGCGCGCCUCGCCAGCCUACUGCGCGCAGCGCCGCAGCAACGGGACGCAACAGACGAGAAUGGCUGCAGCGCGGUGCAGCGCGCUGCGGCGGAUGGGCAUGUGGAGGCCGUACGGCUGCUGCUCGAGCACGGCGCCGAUCCCAACAAGCAGGACCUUGUGCAUGGCAACACCGCGGCGCACGAGGCGUCGUGGAAAGGGUACUCGCGGUGUGCAGCACUGCUCGCUCGAGGCGGGGCAGAUUUACGCGCGCGCAACGCGGCCGGCUUCGCGCCGCUACACCUUGCCUGCCAGAACGGACACAACCAGACCUGCCGGGAACUGCUACUCGCGGGUGCUCAGCCUGACUUACAAAACAAUUAUGGUGAUACGUCCCUGCACACAGCUGCACGUUACGGCCACGCCGGAGUCACGCGCAUCCUCAUCUCGGCUCAGUGCAAGGUCUCCGAGCAAAAUAAAAACGGCGACACGGCUCUGCACAUCGCGGCGGCGAUGGGCAGACGCAAGCUAACAAGAAUAUUGCUAGAGGCGGGCUGCGAUAAAUCUUUGAGAAACCAUCAAGGCGAAACCGCACGAGAUAUCGCUACUAGAAAAGGUUUAGAAGAGAUAAUCAACAUACUGAAUACACCGGUAGCGAAACAGCAAAAGAAAAAAGAAAAACACCGAGACAAAAGCAAAGAGAGAACGAUUGAUGAACCUGAUGCCAAAACGAAAGAUAAAGGAAAAGAAAAAAAGAAAAAGAACGUCCACUUCGAAACGACGCCGCCACCCGUACAAUGGUCGCCGUACGGUUGUCAUUACUACCCCGACCCGAAAUAUUUCCCUAAACCUAAACUAAGCUCGCUACCCACCGAACCUCUUAAAAAAGGCGAGCAGUACUUUUUGGAUUUAGCGGGAAACAUCAAAAAAGGUCCGAUAGGAGCAGGUUACACUUGCUACUGUGCUCCCUUCUUCAAGCAUAUGGAGGAAAAAUUAAACGAAGACAAGAAAGAUUUAAAACGUCAUAUCGACAAAGCUCACGAAAGAUUAGACCAAAAAGUAACAGAUUUGGAAAUGAAAACUCAAGGGCAGAUAUCGGAAUUAACAAAAUUCGUAGCAGCGGAGAGAGCUUUAUGCAAAGAAAGACAUAAACAUUUGGAGCAAUGGAUCACAAGAGGAAUGAUGUUCAGGGCUUCCGAAAGAACAAGGAAACUAGACUUUAGCCCGAAAGGAUCUAUAGAUAUACCACCUAUUAAAAGAACGAGAAGUUUAGAAUUAUUAGACGCAAAUUCGGGAGACUGGAACAAAGUGGAUAGAAUUAUACAAAGCUUCAAUGAAAACACACAAUUCGAAAAUACCAAAGAGUUAAACGAUAGUAAGGUGACAUCUAAAAGCACAGAGGACUUAGAUAACAGAUCCCCAACGAGUCCAAGACGAAGGCAUUUACUAAAAUGUUCUCGAAGUUGCGACCAACUAGACGCGGGGCCAAGUAAUUAUAGACCUAAUCACAUAUGUGAUGAGGAUAAACGUUUGCAAAAUGUUACAGCAGAGGUACACAUUAAAGCAAAUAAAAAAAUAACCUCCGAAUCUCCAGUUUCCAUGGAAGUUCAAGGUAUUACGGAAAGAUACACGUUACCAAGUGAACCGUCUACUACUAAAUCACCUGGCAGCAGCAAUCGACAAUCAGAUUUUAAGGCAAGCGAUUCCGAAGGUGACGUUAGGCUCAGGAGUAAUUACCAAGAAAUCACCCAAACGCCUCCUCCCUGGAAAAGUCAAGUGCUGCAAAGAACUGCUGAGGAUAUCAGGAAAAGAGUAAUGCUAGAGAAAGAGAUGUCAAAUGUAAUAACAAGAAAUUCAAAAUCUCUCGAUAUAUCACAAGAUGGCUACGUAAAGCUACACAAACAAGUCAAUUAUCCACCGAGAGACGAUAAUUGCAUAGAUAGGGAGCAAAGAAAGUCCGUUCAAGAACUAGUAGCUCAAGUAGAGCACCAGCAGAGGUGCACCUCACCUGAGAGAAUACCUAUUGCGAAGAAAACCCCCACCGACUUCCAAGAAGUUCCUAUUGUCCAGCCUAAAACACAACCGAGUCCUGGCAUCCUUAAAAUGCCACAACAACCACAGAGACCGGCUCCCGUUUUAAAAGACAAACCUCCAAAGACCAAAAGAUUUAGUUUACACAACCUAAUACCAUUCCCGACGAGAAAAACAUUCCAAACUACCCCGAAAGAAAACGGUAACAACUCUGAAAGCAGUGAUGAAGAAGAUAGUCCAAUAAGAACUUCGAAUCAACCGGGACCUAUGAGAAAUUCCAACUUACUUCAAACCCUUCCGAUGCCUAAUUAUGAAACAAUGUCCAGUAAAUCCCAUUCACCUGCACCGCAACAAGCGCAGCCACAAAGCAAGCCUUACCACGCGGAUGACCUACGGCAGAUGAUACCAAAAGACGCAUACUUUCAUGAACUUCCUAACCGACAGAUCAAUCCCCAGAUGCCUUACAGAGAAAUAGACAGUCAUCCAGUCACUCAGUACCCUUGUCAAUCUCAAUACGAUUACAACGAACCGGGACUUCCCCAGACACAAAUAGAAGGUCGCAACAGAAAUCCCCUGUACCAUCAUCAGACUGGAGUUUUUGACGCUAUGAUGCAAGACCACAUAAUGAGGGAAAUGGAACGGAUACCGCAUCGGUACGGCGAUCAUUUGGACCAAAAUACGGAGAUCGAAAUCGCCAACCAAACCGAACACUUUCACGGCGGUUACUAUGGUAACCGUCCACCAGUGUAUCCGAACUUCAGGGGCAAUCCACACGGUGCGAGGAAACCGCCUCCCGACCAUAGCCUCUUGCACAGCCGUUUGCAAUCCUUAGCGAUUAACACACAUUUAACGGAAACCCAGAGUCAAACAGACAGAGAGUCGCACAAUGACUCUGGGUACAGUACUAAAGUGUACGGAAGUUCUCAAGGACCCUCGCCGAGUUUGUCUGGCCAUGUGGAAGGAUCUGAUAAUCUUUCAGGGCAAAGAGUAAAUAUACUAACUUCUGGAAAGGGAAUCGGACAUAUUGGCACUUCAAGUUUGGUUUAAGCGUUAAUACUCAUUAACUAUUGUGAAAACUUCAAAUCUAAGUCAAACUUUACAUGACAUAGUUUAAGUACCUUUUAAUUUUCUAAAUCUUUUCCUGUUAAUAAGUAAAAAAAUAUUAAAACCAAGCA